GCCGGCGCGGCGAGUCGGCGGGUGGACGCGGCCGGUCCUGCUCGCUAGCGGGCGCCGCGCGCCCCGCCCUGCGCCUCCGGGAGCCGAGCCCGUCGCGAGCCCGGGGAGCCCUGAGACCCGCGCCCUUCCCGCCGCGUCCGGUCCCGGCGGAUCUGGAAGAUGACCGGGCUGGGCACGUCCCACUGACGGGCCAUGGAGCUUCCCGACCACGCCAGCUGCAGUGCCAGCCUGUAUAAUGAAGACAGAAACCUGCUCCGGAUCAGAGAGAAGGAGCGGCGCAGCCAGGAGGCCCACCCGGAGAAAGAGGCGUUUGCUGAGAAAAUCCCCCUCUUUGGAGAGCCCUACAAGAAGGAGAAAGGCGAUGAGUUGUCCAGCCGCAUCCAGACCAUGCUGGGGGACUACGAGGAGGUGAAGCAGCUCCUCGGACCCCGCGCCCAGCCCUGCCGCGCCGACGCGCCCGAGACGAGGCCCGCCAAGCUGCGGCCCCCGGAGAAGGGCGGCGGCCUCGCUGGGCAGCCCGCCCGCGCCGGGGUCCAGCGCCACCCGCUCCUGACCGCACCCGCCCCCGCCCCGCUCCUGGUGGCCCCCGUGAGCCACACCCCGAAGAUGGCCCCGCCACGGGCCGACCCGCCGCCCGGUGGCCACGCCCAAGGCUGCGCGGCGCCCGAUGGCCAGCACCCGGCCCAGGACCAUCUCGGCCCCGACGGCUUCAGCCCCGGCCACCCCAGGAAGGGCGUCCGCAGGGCCGCCGGGAGCCAGUGCGCCGGGAGGGAGCUGCCCGCCCCGCUGCCCCCGCUCUCGCCAGUCCACUGCGCCCAGGGCCGAGGCGUGGGCGCGUCCCCUCCGGGCCUGGCGCUGCGGGCCCCGGACAAGGACGGCCCUCCGGACAGCGUCCUGGCGCUUGCCGGCCCCGGGGUCACCUUCCCGCCCCCGCCGCUGCCCUCCAAGAGCCUGGCCAUGCAGCAGAAGCCCACGGCCUACGUCCGGCCCAUGGACGGCCAGGACCAGGCGCCCAGUGAGUCGCCCAGGCUGAAGCCGCUGCCCGAGGACUACCGGCCCCCGGCCUUCGAGAAGACGGACUUAAAAGUGCCCGCCAGGGCCAGGCUGGCCAAGCUGAAGAUGCCCGCACAGUCCGUGGAGCUGACCUACUCCAAUGAAGCGCACUGUGUCGAAGAAAUCCUGAAGGAAAUGACCCACUCCUGGCCCCCCCCUCUGACAGCAAUACACACGCCCAGCACAGCAGAGCCGUCUAAAUUCCCCUUUCCUGCGAAGGACUCCCAGCACGUCAAAUCUGCGACCCAGAACCAAAAGCGCUAUGACACUUCUUCACAAACCCACCCCAGUUCACAGCAGGGAACAUCCAUGCUUGAAGAUGACCUUCAGCUUAGUGACAGUGAGGAUAGCGGCAGUGAACAAGCCUCUGAGAAGCCUCCCUCCUCGUCUGCACCGCCAAGCGCCCCGCAGCCGCUCCCAGCAGCACCGGCCUCCGCCACGGCCGCGGCCCGGGCCAGCAGCGCCGAGUCCGAGAGCACCAGCGACUCGGACAGCUCGUCGGACUCGGAGAGCGAGAGCAGCUCCAGCGACAGCGAGGAGAACGAGCCCCCCGAGCCGGCCCCCGAGCCCGAGCCACCCUCCUCGAACAAAUGGCAGCUGGACAACUGGUUGAUGAGCAAAGUCAGCCAGCCUGCGGCACCCGCGGAAGCCCUGGCGGGCAGCCAGGGCAAGGACAGCGGGGACAGCGCCUCUGCCUGCUCGGAAUCCAAAGAGGCUCCCCCAAAGAGCUCCAGCAGAGCCCCCCGCGCCCCGUCUGAAGGCCCCCACGCAGGCAAGAGGAGCUGCCCGAAGGCCCCUGGCCAGCAGGAGCCGGCCAAGAGGCAGACGGUGGGAACCAAGCAGCCCAAGAGACCAUGCAAGGGCCCGGGGGCGACCCGGCCCAGCCUGCAGGUGGAGAGCGAGGUGCCGCCCGCUCCCUGCACCCCCGGCCCGCAGCCGUCCAAGGACAAGCCCAAGGUGAAGACGAAAGGCAGGCCGCGCGCUGGGGAGGCCAGGGAGGCGGCCCCCAGAGAGCGGAAGAAGCACAAGGACGGCCCCCCGACUCCUCCCCCCCUGGACGCACCUGCGGGGCCGGAGCCCGCCAAGGACCUCGUGGGCAGCGGGCACGUGACGCUGGUGGCCCCCCUGCAUGGGGCCCGGAGCAGGACGAGCAGCGGCCGGAGGGACCCCAAGGCGCCCUCCCAGCCCAGGGACCCGUCCCCGCCUGGGCAGCUGCUGGUGAGGAUCACGCUCGACCUCCUCUCCCGGGUGCCCCGGGCGCCGGCCAGGGGGGCCCACCCCAAGCACCCCGACGACAGGCCGCCCCCCACCGGGAGGAGGCCGGACUGCGAGAAGAGGAGCUCGGACAGGGGGGCCAAGCGCAGCAAGGGUGAAGGCGAGCGGGAGCACAACAGCAAGAGGGCCAGGCUGGAGAAGGAGGCGAAGUCGCAGCCGUCCCCCUCGCUUCCCGGCAAGGAGUCUUCCAAAGCCAAAGCGGCGCGGGCGCCCUCCGAGAGCUCCCGACCGGACAUGCUCCCCCCUGCGCCUCGGGCCUCGCCCUCCCCGCACAAGCCCGCCAAGCCUGCGCAGAAGCGCUCCCGGCGGGAGGCGGAGCCCGGCGGCCAGGAUGCACCCCGGGGCGCCAGCAGUGCCAAGGGCGGCCACAAGGACCCCGCCGCGUCCAAGCACAGGAAGGUGGAGGGCAGGGGCCCCGCGAGCGCCACGGAGCACAAGGGCUCCUCUGGGGACACGCCCAGCCCUUUCCCGGUGCCUUCUCUGCCCAACGGGAACCCCAAGCCGGGGAGGCCUCCCGGGAAGCCGGAAAAACAACGAGCUGACAUCCACAUGAAGGAGGCCAGACGGCUGAAGCAGAAAGCAGAGAACACGAAGGACAAGGUCGCCAAGGCCGUGCGGCUCCUGGAGGCCGCUCUGUCCCUCGUCGAGGCCGGGAUGGCCAUGGAGGCCGACGCGCCCUCGGCCAAGGCGGCACACGCCGUGUACUCGGAGGCCCUGGAGCUUGUGGGCGUCGCCGUGGCGUUGAAGGCCUUCCCCGGCGCCGCCUGCACCCAGGAGAAGGCGUUCGCCGUUCUGUGCCUACGCUGCCAGUCCCUUCUGCACAUGGCCAUGUUCCGCUGCAAGAAGGACACCGUCCUCAAGUAUUCGCGCGCCCUCAAUGAGCACUUCCAGAGCUCCUCCAAGGCUGCCCGGGCCCCUUCUCCCUGCAUCGCCAGGAACACGGGCGCCCCCUCGCCCCUCUCUCCGACGCCUUCUCCCGCCAGCGCCGGCGGGGUGGGGGCCAGCGGGAUGCCCGUCACCAUCCAGAACAUGACCUCGUCCUACGUGACCAUCACCUCCCACGUCCUCACCGCCUUCGAGCUCUGGGAGCAGGCAGAGGGCCUCGCGCGGAAGAAUAAAGACGUUCUCGCUCAGCUCGGCGCGAGUGUGUGUGCCUUGGCCCUCAACAGCAGCCUGGCGGACCUGGUGCAGCACGCAAGGCAGGGCCUCCAGCAGCUGAAACCCUGACCGGGCGCCCCGAGAGGCCGCGGGGAUGGACGCCCGGGAGCUCUUUGCACAUUGGAAGCCUCUGACACGCUCUCGACGCUGCCUCGCCAGUUCGCCCGGCCCCGGAGAAGCCCCGAGGGGGCCGGGGCACUCGCCCGUGUGGACUGGGGAGCUGCGUCCACACGGAAGGCCCAACGGGAGCGGGGGGCGAAGGGCCCAGACCCGCCGCCACCUCGGUUCCCUGGGGAACGGGCAGCAGUGCGCCGGGGGCCUGUGGCUGCUCUAGAACCAUUUCCGCCAUGUUUCGACCGCCAGGACGCACUGCAGGUGGGAUGAGGGGGAGCGGAAUCCAACUCCCAAAGCACACCCGCGCCAUCUCCCGUUGCCAUGCUGGUCCGUUCCCGGGCCAGCGUUUCCCACAGCGGAUUUUGUUGCAGGGUUUUGUGAGCGAUUUUUGUUGUUGUUAUUUCCUUUCAGAAAGUUCUGGGUGGGAUACGUGUUUUAUGGACUCCUAGCAGUCAUCUCUGAAACACGUGUUGGGAGAGGCUCCAUCGCACCACACUUUCUGGCCUUGAUCACAGAGUCGAGCAGAGGUCCGGCCCCCCUCUUCGCCCAGGGCCCACCCCAGGAAGGAGGGAGCCCGCGGGGGGCUGGAGCUCGGGGCCGGGUCUUCGGCCGGUGGCUCUGUGGUAAUAACUAAAGCCAACGCAGUUUUGUCAGUGAACAAAGGAAAAUGAAAUCUACUUUCUAGAGAGGCUCUAUUUUUCUGCUACAAAUCCUUUUAUAUUUAUAGAAAACCUAGACCCUCAGAACCCUUAGUUGUCUAGAAGAAAUAAACUCACUGAGAAGAUGUGGGGAUUUGGGGUGGUUAGUCUUUAAAAAAAAAAAAAAGAGAGGGGGAUGGGGUGAGACCAGGAAGAAAAAAAAAAAAGACCCAUCACCACAUGCCUUCAGUCCGGGGUAUUUCCAGCCAGCCAGACCCGGCGGGACGGGAGAGACGCGUGGGUCCCCCUCGGUCGCAGGGCCGGGGCAGGCGCGUCAGACCAGUUCAUUUUGAGUGAGCGGAAGUGGGAGCGCACGGUCAGAGUUCCCGCCGCACACGCUCGCCCGCGGGACGCGGGGGAUCUCUCGGAAGCAUUAUUGUGAGCGCAGUGUUUUCUGAAGCCAGUUCUCUCGGUCCCUGUCAGAAAGCGGCAGCAGCGUUUGCACACGGGUUAGCACGGAGGGCAAGUGCCCCCCCCCCCACCCACGGAGCUUUUCCCCUUCCCGCCCUGGGCCUGGCUGCUCUCCCCGUGCCACUGGGGCCGAGUGCGUGAGUCCCGGGACCCGGGGGAGAGGGUCUUCUCUCCCCGUCGCACGCCUGACCCCCACGUGACGCGUGGAACCACUCUGAUGAGCAGAUAGAGCAGGGCAGGGGGCGGGCGGGCGGGCGGGCGGAGGCUUCAGCCCGGGAGAGGUGCCUUAGCCAGCCCGCCCCCGGGAACGGCGGCAGCCAUGCUGGGCACAGGGACACCGGUGGUCCUGGUGGACGACGGGGUGUCUGUUGACGUCCUUGGUCCCCGUGGAGCCGGGGGGCAGCGUCCAGUUGUGGGACGAACCGGGUCCUCAUCCUCUCCUCAGCCAGGCCUUGUUGGCCUGUUUCGUUUCUUGCUCGGGGGAUGAACGGCUUCCCGGGGGUGGUCUGUGCUCCUGGACGGUGCCGUCCCCCUGCCACACGCAUCGACCCUGAAAGAGGAUCCCCGGCAGCAGCCUUGGGGACAGGGCGUGGGGACGGGGGUGGCUGGGGCGAAUUCUUGGUGUCCACACAGCCUUUCUGCUGUUGCAGCUGUACAUAGGAGGCUAGCGGAUCUUUGCACUUUGUCACUGUGUGCUGAGCUCCCCUGGGUCAGUGCUCUGUGGGGGGACCCCGGGAGGACUUGGCCAUGUCCCGUUCUUAGGGCAACAAUGUCAGCGCACGCUUCACAGUGGGACAGAUACAGAAUUCCUUGAGUGAAAACUGAGCAUCAAACCUUGCCUUGCCUUUGCCACUACAGCUGUGUGUGUGUGUGUGUGUGUGUGUGUGUGUGUGUGUGUGUGCGUGCGUCUCCUAGGAAGUGGGAAAAAAAAAAACACUUGUGUUUUCACAGUGGUGUUUGCAUCCAUUCUGGAGGUGGUUAGAAUGUGAAUCACUGAGCUUGCGUGUCUGGGUGCAGAGUGGGGAGGCGGCAGGCAGAGGGCGCUGUUCCCCAGAGCAGUGGCCGGUCUGAUACGGACACGGCACCCAGCGCCGCAAGGGAAAAGCAUCGGAUUUCUUUUUUUUUUAAUUUUAUUUUAUUGAAAGCACCUUUACUUUACAGACCCAUUUGACCGAUAUAUUCCUCGACAAAUUGGACCACACUCCUCUCCCUUUGUCUGUCCUCUAACUCAGGAUGUUUGGAAGCAAACAAACUGUGUUUCUAGCUAAAAACUUGCCUUAAUCGGUACCUUAAAUACUAAUGUUGGGGACCAGAGGGCUAGUACAGGGCUCGGGGGCGCUUGUCUCACACGUGGCCGGCCCGACUCUAUUCCUGGCACCACACCGGUCCCCAGCAGUGAGCCCUGAGCACCGCGGGUGGGAGCCAAAAGUCAAUCCUCGAGUUGGUGAGAGCAGGAGCUUACUCUCCAUGGUGACUCCUGCACAGUAAGUUUGGGAUUCAGAACCACUGUGCCCUCCAAAGUGAACAAAACUCUGUAUCUCUGUGUAGAAGUGCUCUGUGUGUGUGUGUGUGUGUGUAUGUGUGUGUGUGUGUGUGUGUGCUCACUUGCACAUAGAUAAAGGAUGAUUUUACUGUGCCUUUUUUGACCAGAUCUAACUUAGAAAUAAUGCUGUAUUUAUUUUUGCUGUGGCUUUGAGAUGAUUUGGCUCUUGCACCUUCUGUCCGUCCGUCUGCUUCCUCAAGCCGGGGCGUAUUUGUCCGUGGUGAGGUCAACAGGCAGGAGAGGCUGGCGCCCUCCCUCCGCCUUCUCUCCUAAGGCUUUAUUUUCUCAGACACUACUCAGACUCUGAGAAACUUCGCCCCUGCCCCUCCGGGUCCCCUUUGUCUCUCUGCUCCCGGCAGGGCCAGUUGGCUCCCGGCAGAGGGCUGGGGGUGCCCGCCCCGGUUCCUUCUCUCCCCCCCCCCCCACCCCUCUCUCUGCUGGGUUUCUCCCCUUUGCCUUCGGUCCUGUUUCGAGCUGACGGAUGCUGAGUUUUCUCCUGUGCCUUCUUCAUUGUCUGUCAUUUUGCUUGGUGGAGGCGGCCUGGCCGCAGCCCCUCCCCGCGACCCGGGGGUUUUCCAUCAGGCGGUGUUGAGGGGCUUUCUGACUGCAGCCGGCCGUGCUGGUGUCUCGGUGGCCGGGACCGGACAGGGUCGCCAGCCCUGCCCCCUCCUCCUCCACCAUGAGUUGGCAAGCACCAGCCACCCCCCUUCCUCAGCUGACAGUCAUCUUCGCCUCCCCGGGGGGGGGGGGAGGGGGCGGAGGGGGCGUCACUCGAUUCUCUCACACGGGAGCACCAGGUACAGGAUGGGGGACGCCAGGCAGGCAGGGGGCCGUCUCGGGGACGGCGAGUCUGGACAGAGCAGCCCCGGGAAGGCCGGUCAGCUUGGCUACCUGCAGGCGCUCCAGGGACGCUUCACACGGGCAGUAUUAGCCCGCCUCGGGCCCCGUCGACUGCACGUCCCCGUCACAUACCAAGUGUACACUGUGUGUGUGUGUGUGUGUGUGUGUGUUCGAGCGCGUGUGCACAUGUGUCCUAAAUCUUGUUUGAAUUUUUUUUCUUCUGAAUGUGAUCAUGUAUGUCUUGGAUGAUACCUGAGCAGGUUUGCCUUUUUUUUUUAUUUAUUACCAUUAUAUGUUAUAUUAUAUUAUAUAUAUAUAUAUUUGCUUUCUUAUAACUUUAGAGAAAAGAUGAAUCUUGGUAUUAUUAAAAUUGUUUUUAAAAAAUGAAAUACAUUGUCCAUUUGAGAAAUGAGAAUCACCGGUCUGUCUCUCGAAUAAUCCGAGUUUCCCUUUGCUUGCGGGGCACUGUGCCAGCUGUCACCCCCCCGGUGUGCAGUGGGGGGCGGGGGGGAGCAACCUCCCUGGAGUCUGCAAACCACGUUGACUAUUUCGGGGGUCCGAGUGCCCAGCCGCCCUGGGCGAUGUGCCCCCACUCGGGGGUGGCGUGGAUGCCGUGGAGCUGCCUCGCACCGUCCUUUCACAUCAUGCUCUGUGAGACCUACAUAAUCUAUUUUUUUUCUUUUUUUUUUAAGAAGAAAAAUUUGCAGAAGAUCUUUCCAAAGAUGACGUGCCACAGGUCUUUUGCUUGUUCUCUGUAGUGAGGAUCAGUUGCUGUUCAGAAACAAACAUGUUAUACUGACUAAUUCAUCCUCGGGUUCUUGUCACGAGAGGAUCGAGCUGUUCAAAAAAAAUAAAUAAAUAAAAACGUGUAGAA